AUUUCUAUACCAAAAGCGGUAACCCCGAGCUACACUCGGGCUUACCAUGCAGCGCUGUAUAGGGAGUCCCUGCAGCACUUACCUUGUCCUUCGCUCCAGCGAUGUGUUCUCUGCGGUGUCCCCGGCCAUCUCCUCCGGCAGAUGCCGGCAUCCGGCUCCUGUGUUCCGGUCCCUGUGACGUCAGGAUGUACAGGCGCCGCCGCCGGCGGCGGGAAAUUUGAAAAUUUAAAAAAAAUUUCAUAUUUUUCAAAACGAUUUUUCAUAUGCUUUGUCCUGUGCCCUGCCUACAUUUUUACUGUUCUUUCU